AAACAGCAUCUCUUUUCUUAGCUGUCUGUGGGAGUGCCCCAAUUAGAUUAUCUUCAAAUGUAUUUUAAGGCGCAUAAUUGUUACGGAGUCCAAGUCACAAGUUAGUUUGAUUGAUGGGCAGUACCACUUUUCAGUUAUCCAAUACCUAGUAUGUGGCACUGAUCACCACAAUGUAUCAGAGGCAAGUAUCUCUUCUCAAAAAUACUAAUGACUAAAUAGAAGACAGAGCUGUAGCCACAAAAAGUCACAACACAUUCAUCUAUAGCUCACCACCUCGCACCCACACACACAUCGCCUCCUUCCCUUUUGUCCGUCUGUUGUGUGAAUUGGGCGCACAAAGCUAUUUAAAGUUAUCAAAGAGUCGGGCGAGCAGCAAAAUGAAACCUUUUGAACAUAACUGUCUGGUUCCCUGCAUAUCAUGUGCGAGAAUGAACAUGAAAGGUGGUGGGGGUUGGUAUUUGACUUGUUUACAGCAUUGCAUAAGUGAAGAUCUGUGUGAAGAGCAUAUGACCAGCCCCGAGUGGGCUGUUCCCUUUUGCUAACUCAAUAUCUCCUGAGGCAUGUCAGAGCUGAGGCCUCUGUUUGCUUCUUCAAGCCUCAGGGACACACUCUGAGCCAACGGUCUCUGACUAUGGAAUGAAGGGAGAACAUCGCAGAAGCGGGACCCCAUCGACAAGCACGUGAGGAGAGAGCUGCUCACCAUGGAGCCAAACGGAUCAGUGUCGCCCCCCAAGGACAGGCCGAGGCCUCGAUGGAGCCGGUGCUCCAGCUCUGGUCUACGUUACGGCUCUUUCGUAAACAGCCUCUCAUCACUCGCGGCAGCGGAGGAGGUAGUGCACAAAUCACCUAUAUCGCCUCGACGCUCCUACAUAGCUGUGGCCGUGCUCUGCUACGUCAACCUGAUCAACUACAUGGAGCGGUACACAAUAGCAGGCGUGCUCAUCAACAUUCAGAAGUUCUUUGAUAUCAGUGACAGCGUGGCUGCACUUCUGCAAACAGUCUUCAUCUGCAGUUUCUUACUUCUGGCCCCCCUCUUCGGUUACCUUGGGGACCGCUACAACCGGAAGUACAUCAUGAUCGCUGGUCUGAGCAUCUGGCUCGUGACUGCAGCCAGCAGCUCUUUUGUCAGUAAAUGGCAAUUCUGGCUCCUGAUGCUGCUGCGAGGCAUGGUCGGGGUCGGAGAGGCCAGCUACUCCACCAUUGCUCCAACCAUCAUCGGUGACCUUUUUAGCGGGGCUAAACGGAGCGCCAUGAUCUGUCUCUUCUACAUCUUUAUCCCUGUCGGAAGUGGUCUCGGAUACAUAACAGGAGCAGGGGUCGCUAAUGUAGCAGGGGACUGGCGCUGGUCCCUCAGGAUCACACCCAUCCUGGGUGCAGGGGGACUCAUCUUGUUGACCCUCUUAUGCCCCAACCCACCCAGAGGUGCUGCUGAAACCCAGGGAGAGGGAGUUGCAAUGCAGAGCUCUUACCGCGAGGACGUCAAGUAUCUUCUGAAAAAUAAAAGUUACGUGUGGUCGACGCUGGGAGUGACAGCGACGGCCUUCCUCGUCGGAGCGCUCGGUUUCUGGACGCCUGCUUUUCUGUCCAGAGCUCAGGUCUUUCAGGGGCUCCAAAAGCCAUGCGAGAAAGAGCCCUGCAACCCCAUAGACAGUUACAUCUUCGGAGCUGUGACGGUGGUGACGGGCAUUCUGGGAGGGUGUCUCGGCACGGUUUUGUCUAGGUGGUUCAGCAAGAAGAGGUCGAAUGCGGACCCACUCAUCUGUGCAGUGGGCCUCCUGGGAUCAGCCCCCUGCCUCUUUAUCGCCAUCUUUGUGGCGACAGCAAGCAUUCCCACCACUUACGUAUUCAUUUUCCUAGGUGAAGUACUGAUAUCACUGAACUGGGCCGUCAUGGCUGAUAUACUGCUGUACGUUGUCAUUCCAACCAGAAGGGCCACAGCCGAGGCUCUCCAGAUUUCAGUCUGUCAUCUCCUGGGUGACGCUGGGAGUCCUUACCUCGUAGGAUUGAUAUCUGAUGCCAUCCGCAAACAACAACCUGACACUCAUGGCUGGAACUUCCAAAGUCUGAAGUACAGCCUGCUGGUCUGCGUAUUCGUUGGGGCCCUGGGCGGACUGUUUUUCCUCUUGUGUGCCCUCUUCAUCGCUGACGACAGGAAGGCCACUCAAAGACUUGUUGAAGGAGAUCCUCCACCUCAGCCUGGUCCUGCCGCACCUCAGCCCUCUGAGCCCUCUGAGCCCUCUGAGCCCCCCCUGGAACUCAGCAACCGGGAGAAAUGAGCACUGCUGAACAAAGGCAGCCAUGCUGUCAAUUUAUCUGUAAAUAUUAGAAGUGAAGUCAAAAUCCACUGUUGUCACGGACAGCAGGAUUUUGGAGUCGACUUGAAGAGGUCCGUUUUCAUCACUUCGCUGCCGCACGCUGAUGACAAACGGAGAGAAAACUGUUCAAUUCGCACAGUCGGACUUUUUAAAAAAAAUAUUCAAUUCACCUUCUCUUAAGUAUGCAUUGUAAUUCCUAUAGUUGAAGUCAGUUUUAUUGUGUACAUCCCAAAGUAUUGAAUCCCAAAGUUCAAAGAGCUUUACGACUGUUGGACCACUGGAUCCUCGAUUCAGAUAAGAGAAAGCUCAUUCAAACAGGAGAAACAAAAGAAGAAACUGUGCAGACAUUUUGACAGAAUCAGUUCAUAAUUUAUGGCAGUAUUACCUCACCCUCUGGUGCACUGUGCAGUGUUGAAAAGUAAAUGCCUAUAUUUUCAGAUUUUUUUUUUUACUUCUAAAUAAAUGUUGAAGAAAAUA